CUGCACGGGGAUGCGGUUUACUCCAGGCACCGAGGAGGCUUUAAACACCGAUCUGGACUGAAACACAUCCGCAACAAUGGUGGAGGCUUUCUGCGCCACAUGGAAACUGGUCGACAGCAAGAACUUUGAUGACUACAUGAAGGCACUUGGCGUUGGCUUUGCCACCAGGCAGGUGGGCAACAUGACCAAACCGACAGUAGUGAUCAGCCAGGAUGGAGACAAAGUGGUGGUGAAGACCCUGAGYACCUUCAGGAACACUGAGUUCUCUGCCAAACUGGGAGAGGAGUUUGAUGAGACCACACCUGAUGACAGACACGUCAAGUCCACUUUUACCAUGGAAGGAGACACAUUUGUGCACGUGCAGAAGUGGGAUGGAAAAGAGACCAGAUUUGUGAGAGAGAUCAAGGAUGGGAAGAUGGUGAUGACGUUAACGUUUGAAGGAGUCACAGCGGUUCGCACAUAUGAGAAGGCCUGAACUUCACCAGAGGAGAAGAGCAAGAGCAGCAAUAUAUAAAACACACUGUUUUGACUGUAAGCUGUGGUUCGCACUUCAUUUCUUGAUAUGUAAGAAUUAGCCUACUCUUUUGUAAGAAACUCCAAUUUGAAGAGCCUAAACUGUUUGUGUUAAAUGUGUAAAAAAAAUGGGGAAAUAAAUUGCUGAACUAAACCAUU